GGGAGUAACGUGUAACCAGGAAAAUGACGGACACAAGUCAGAAGAUCUGUUGUGAAAAUGAUGCAAAAAACAACAAAGGCUGCAGGAAUCCAUUCAACAAUAUCAAGAUCUUUGUGGUUUGUCAUGGAUUCCUGCAGCUCUCCCAGCUCCUUCUGUCUGCCUACCUCAAGAGUUCAAUUUCCACUAUUGAGAAGCGCUUUGGGCUCUCCAGUCAGACAUCUGGGAUUCUGGCUUCCUUUAAUGAGAUUGGGAACACCGUGCUUAUUGUCUUCGUCAGCUACUUUGGAAGUCGAGUACACCGGCCACGGUUCAUCGGGUGUGGAGCUCUGAUCGUCUGCCUUGCUGGAUUUAUUAUGUGUCUACCUCAUUUUAUUAUGGGACAGUACGAAUAUGACAAAUCUUUCGCUAGCGUCUACAGUAACACAACGGAUAUUUGUCAGUCUGGACUAUUAAGCCAAAGUCCCAGCAGUGAUCAGUGUGUGGCAAAGACUCAAACAGACAACAAGAAUGUCUUGUCCAUCCUGUUCAUCGGUCAGAUUCUCCUCGGGAUCGGUGGUGUGCCCAUUCAGCCUUUCGGAAUUUCUUACAUUGACGAUUACGCCAGCAAAAGGAACUCGCCUCUUUACAUAGGCAUCCUCUUUGCUGUGACGGUGAUGGGCCCCGGCGUCGCUUUCAUCCUGGGAUCGGCCAUGUUACGCUACUAUGUGGACAUUGACAAGCUCCCAGCCAGUGAAAUCGUCCUCACCCCCAGUGACCCGCGCUGGAUCGGCGCCUGGUGGCUGGGCUUCAUCGUGGCGGCCAGCGUUGUGGCCCUGGCCUCCAUUCCCUACUUCUUCUUCCCCAAAGAAAUGACUAAACAGGUCAAGCAUGAGAGCGCAGAUGAGAGCAAACCCGGCCUGAUGGAUGCCUUCAAGAAUAAUCCUGACAGAAGUGAACCCCUGUCCUUGGCACAGUUCAUCAGAGUUUUUCCAAAAGUUUUACUCAGGACGUUGAAAAAUCCAAUCUAUAUCUUGGUGGUUCUGGCUCAAGCCAAUCUGUCGGCCAUUACAUGCGGGGGGGUGAUCUUCAUUGCCAAAUUUCUGGAGAGGCAGUUCUCGGUCACGGCGUCCUUGGCUAAUCUGUUGAUCGGAUCCGUGAACAUCCCGGGAGCAAUGGCCGGCAUUGUUUUAGGUGGAAUUAUCAUGAAGAGGUUCCAGUUAUCCUCUCAGCAGUGCGGAGCCAUGUGUGCCAUUGGAUUGUUCUGCUGCAUCCUGAUUGCUCUUUCGCUGCUCUUCUUGGGAUGCUCGACACAACAGUUUGCAAGUCCCCAUGCUGACCAAGGUUUAAGUGUUGGACUUUGGCACAAUGUGACCGGCACUCGAUGUGGCUGCUCCGAAUCCGCUUUCAACCCAAUCUGCGGUGCAGACGGCAUUGAGUACAUCUCUCCGUGCUACGCCGGGUGUGAAGGCGUCAACUUUGAUUACAAGGAUAAUAAAGUGCUGAAUUACACCCGGUGCCGCUGUAUAACAUCUCCAGGAUCCGGAAACUCGGCCACUCCUGGGUCAUGUGGAACCAGCUGUUACCAUCUCUUACUGCCCUUCAUGAUCCUGUCCUGCCUGGGUGGAACACUGGCCAGUACAUCCCAGACGCCAUCCUUUAUGCUGAUACUUAGGAGCGUUAACCCUGCUGAAAAGUCCCUGGCAAUCGGCAUACAGUUCAUGCUAGUGAGGAUCCUUGCUUUUGUGCCGUAUUACGACCUCUCCGAGGUUAAUUUCAUCGAUGACGAUACGGCAGUAGUCAAUUGGCGCUAUGUAAAAGAGCGCUACACCCACAACAAAAACACAAACAUUUUUAUAGCCUGUUUUACAACCGCCUAUGCCAGACUCGAAUUAUACAAGCUCCUAGACAGGCUACAGGAACGUUGCCUUUAUCACGACACAGACUCCGUCAUAUUCGUGAGUAAGGGGUCUGAAUGGACGCCACCCUUGGGUGAUUUUCUCGGUGAACUAACUAGUGAAAUCCACGACGAUGCCCACAUUACCGAGUUUGUAUCCGCUGGCCCAAAGACUUACGGCUACAAACUCAACAACGGGAAAACCGUAUUGAAGGUUAAGGGUAUAACACUCAAUGUCGCUAACACACGGCUUGUUAAUUUUGACAGUUUAAAAGACCUUGUGCUGGACUACUCCCGCAACAACGACCCCGAGACGCAGAAAACAAUAGGUAUUGAGCAAGACGGCAUUUACAGAAAUAGGAAGCGCUUGACCAUAGAGACAAGACCAUUAUGUAAAACGCAAAAGUGCGUCUAUACAAAGAGACAGCUGACGGCUGACUUUACAACGGUGCCUUUUGGCUAUUAA